AGACUAACCUGGAGUCCACGGCUCCGGGAAACGGUCUUUAGGAGGCCUUGGACAUACGGGGAAGUCCCGUUUCUUUAAGCACGUGAUUCUUCAGAGCUCACAAGAGUUGGUCAGGAGGAGAGGAGCAGCAACUUGAAAAGCCAGAAUUCUGCCAAGAGUUCGGGGAACAGAGGACACCAAGAUGCCCUUGCUCUCUAAUUAGAGAGGUUGGAGCCUAUUGAUCAUCAUGGAGAUAAGCCUGUGACCUACUUCAAAGGAGCAAUUUCAGCACAUGGCAGGUGACACCUGGGCUUCUACGGGGCUGUGACUUGAGCCCAGCAGCAGAGUUUCUGAGGCUGGUGGAGGAAGUCCCACGGUCCAGGUAUUCACCUGCCUAGUCCCCAGGCAGAUCUCCACAAAGAAGAGACAGCUCUGCACGUGACAUUGGAGCAACACCAGAAAUGCUUAGGCUGGUUCACUUUCGCUGGACUCACAUGGCCAAGCCAAACUCUUCCCUUUCCUUGCAAGAUGAAAGAAAGGAGCCAUGAUUGAGCCACUGGACAGUCCAGCCAGUGAUUCGGAUUUCCUGGAUUACCCAAGUGCUCUGGGAAACUGCACCGACGAGCAAAUCUCAUUCAAGAUGCAGUACCUUCCCGUCAUCUAUAGCAUCAUCUUCCUCGUGGGCUUCCCGGGGAACACAGUGGCCAUCUCCAUCUACAUUUUCAAGAUGCGGCCGUGGAGGGGCAGUACAGUCAUCAUGCUGAACCUGGCCUUGACGGACUUGCUGUAUCUGACCAGCCUCCCGUUCCUCAUCCAUUACUAUGCCAGUGGUGAAAACUGGAUCUUUGGAGAUUUCAUGUGCAAGUUCAUCCGCUUCGGCUUCCACUUCAACCUCUACAGCAGCAUUCUCUUCCUCACCUGCUUCAGUCUCUUCCGUUACGUUGUGAUCAUUCACCCGAUGAGCUGCUUUUCUAUUCAGAAAACUCGCUGGGCAGUGGUAGCUUGUGCCGGGGUGUGGGUCAUUUCUUUGGUAGCUGUCAUGCCCAUGACUUUCCUGAUCACAUCAACCACCCGGACCAAUAGGUCUGCUUGCCUUGACCUCACCAGUUCAGAUGACCUCACUACUAUCAAGUGGUACAAUCUCAUUUUGACAGCCACCACUUUCUGCCUGCCAUUGGUGAUAGUGACACUUUGCUACACGACAAUUAUCAGUACCCUGACUCACGGGCCUCGGACCCACAGCUGCUUUAAGCAGAAGGCUCGGAGACUGACUAUUCUGCUCCUCCUUGUUUUCUAUAUAUGUUUCUUACCCUUCCACAUCUUGAGGGUCAUUCGGAUCGAAUCUCGCCUGCUUUCAAUCAGCUGCUCCAUCGAGAGUCACAUCCACGAAGCUUACAUUGUUUCUAGACCAUUAGCUGCUCUCAACACCUUUGGCAACCUGCUGUUAUAUGUUGUGGUCAGCAAUAACUUCCAGCAGGCAUUCUGCUCUAUAGUGAGAUGCAAAGCCAGUGGGGACCUUGAACAAGGAAAGAAAGACAGUUGCUCAAACAACCCUUGAGUAAUGCCAUUUUCGUCAAGGCCAGAGAGAUGGCUCAGUGGUAAAGCUCUUGACAUGCAAAUGUGAGGGUCUGAGAUAGACUCUUCAGAGCCCACAUAAAUUGUGUGUGGUAGCAACUAUCUACAAUCCCAGUGCCUCUGUGGUGAGAUAGAUAUGGAGAUAGAAUCCUUAAAGGCUCGAAGGCUAACUGGCCAGCUCUACACAGUGACUAGCCUCAAAGAGACCUUCUUUCCAAGGAGAUAAAAGGGAAGGACCAAUGCUUAAGGCUGUCCUUUGAGCUCUACAUGUUCACUGUGACAUGUAUCAGACCUUGACAUAAACAGCCACGCAUCAUUCACACAUACAUACUUAUCAAAUAUCAGUCUUUCCAUCAAUCAAUCAAUCAAUCAAUCAAUCAAUUAACACGCCCUGAUAAUUUGUAUAUAACUUCCAAGAAAUCCUGAAUACCCUCUCAGUGGAGCCCACAGUAACUACUGAGUAUUCAGGUCAUUAUGAACCAAAGCCAUGGGUAAGGGCCCUUAUGAGAUCUUUGCAAUAUGUUUGUUGAUAUCUUUGGGUAGAGAAUGGGCUACACGAGUAUCAAUAAAGUAUAUAGAAAGAUUAGAAACCAUGGAACUCAGAGUAUUUCUGUUGCCACCAACUAAUUGCCUCCACACAGAAACUAGUGCUCGUACACUAAACCCCGGACCUCCUACAGCUUUAAUGCCAAGAUGGGAAGGCUCAAACAAACCAGAACCAAGCAAAAGCCAAGACACAGAAAUAUGUGGCUGAGGCAGAUCUACCGCUUUCUGCCACCAGGAAGUGAAUAUUUAGUGAGGAUAACUCCCUGGAACUCAGAUGCAUGGAAUCUGCGAAGAUCAAAGCAAAGUAUUCCAACCUGGUUCCUGUGAUCAUGGAAAAAGUCUCUGGCUCUCAGAUUGUUGACACUGAGAAAAGGAAGUACUUGGUCCCAUCUGACAUCACCUUGGCUCAGUUCCUGCGAUGAUCAGGAAAAGCAUCCAGCUGUCCUCCGAGAAGGCCACCUUCCUGAUUGUGGACAGGACAGUCCCACAGUCCAGCCUAACUAUGAGAUAGCUUUACAAGAAGGAAAAAGAGGAAGAUGGAUUCUUGUAUGUGGCCUACAUCGGAGAGAACACUUUUGGCUUCUGAGGCCCUUGCUGGGCUAGGCUCACCCUUCCUGCUUGUGUAUCUUGUAAAUAACUGGCUGUUCUCAGUUACUCCGCCAGAGCCUUCACACAGACCUGCUAGUGCAUUUGUAACUGGAUUUAUUUCUUACUAUAUGGGAAGGUUUUGUUUCCUUAGAUUAGUAAAUUAUCAUACAGGGGAAAAAAGAGUGUUCUUUCAUGCCUAGUUUCCUGUGCUUUCAGACUUUGGGGCUUGUGUUCACUGGAAUCCUAGAUUAUCCAAAGGCAUCUUGUGCUUUCUUAAUGUUUUUACAACUCAUUAUCUUUACAAGUUUUUCUUCCUUUAUUGGUCUGAGUUUUCCUUUCAGCUCUGGCUAGCUCUUUAGACUGAAGGAAUACAUUAGUUCUUUAGUCAGAAGAAAGACUGUGGAAAUGGCCCAGUCAGCAAAAUGCCUGCUAUACAAGCAUGAAGGCUUGGGUCUGGUCCUUAGAACUCACACACAAAAGCCUGAUGCAAAGACAUGCACUUGGAACCCCAGCUCUGGGCUGGCAGGAGCAGGCAGGUCCCUGGAGGGUGAGGGCCAGCCAGCCUAGACUACUUAGUGAGCUCUAACACAAAUAGAAACCCUGACUCCAAAACUGACGAACCACAGCAAGGUGGCCCUCUGGCCUGAGUUUUCAGCGUUGUAGGCCACCUUAACAAUUGCUUAAUUUAUAAAUCAUAUUAAGUUUUAUUGGUAAUUGUCAACAUUUCCUGGGGAAGGAAAUUGGUGAAAUAGAGCUACUCGUUAGUAUCAUAUAUACAUUAGGCGCUAAGUCAAAUCUAACAUUGUUUUGAUUUUCAUGGGAUAGAUCUCCAGGAAACACUUAUUCUCUUUAGGUAUUGUAAUCCUUUAGUACUAUAAUAAAAAAUAAUAACUGUAGAAAUUGCUAAAGUUAUUCUUGGGCUAUGUUGUGCUUAAUUAGUAGUAAAUAUAAGUCAGUUGAUAUAAAUAUUUGAGGAAAUGCAUGGUCUAGAUCUUUUAAACCUUAAAGAAUGUGUUGAUAUGACUAAUAAACUUACAUACAAUU